GGAAGGGGGUAUCUAAGUGACUAAGUGCCCUACCCCAAAACUCAGGGGAAGUUUAAGGGAUUUACGGUUACCUUGACCCAAAAAAACAAGAACAGGCGGGUAAGGUAACAACUUACCUGGUACAGACAGCAUCCGAGAUUCCGACAGAGAUCAACAAUGGAGAACGAAAUUGAGACCAGAAGGAUUAGGGUUUUGUGCCGUAAGCACAUCACCACCAACAAGGAGCAUUCUCUUCAGUGGCUGAUCGGAUCCCCAUUUUUGCCUCCAUUUACCAUCAUUUCCACAUUCAGAUGUCUCCACACUCAACCUGGGGAUCCCUUCUCCCCGGACUACACCAAAGAAUCAGACGAUCUUAGGACAUUACUAUUGAGAGGAUUUGACGUCAUCGGAACAUUACUCGUCGGUAAUACUAUUUUGGAAGAAAAUGCCCGUAAGGCAGUUGGUGCAGCUCGUAGAAUGAAAAAGUUUCUUUCUGGCAAUGAUCGGGGAAGUUGCAAUUUGUUGGGAGCUGUUGCGGAUUCGGUAUCCGGUGACAUUCGUUUUUUUGUGUCUGCAUCAGAAAAUUCUGCAGGCCUAGAAACUAUUAAUACCGUUACAUAUGAAGAUUAUCCUGAGAGAUAUCUAUCAGAGACAGGUUGUUUCCUCCAUUGCAAACUGUCAAUCAAUUUGCCCAUUUAUUUUCCGGCACAUAGUCCAUCUGAUGCCGAGGGGAUAUUUUCUUCAGAAACUGAAUCUGUUGCUGCCAAGUUCAAAGAUCCACAAGUUGCUUUUAUGAUAGAAGGUGUGAAAGAAGCCUCUGGGGAAGUAACACAGCCCAUUAUUCUCCGUGGUGUGGAUUUGGAUUUUCAUACAGAUUUAUCAGAUGUCAAAAUUUUGAAGGACAUUACUAAAGAAUCUAGUACAAAGAUUAGACCAUGUUCUGAUUUUUGCUCUAAGAUUAAACCCCAUUCUUCAUUUACUCUUGAGAAGAGUGCAGAUACAGUCCAAGUAACCGUCCUGCUAAAUAAAUGUGGAAGUUCUACAGAAUCUGCUUCACCUAUUGCAGAAUAUUUGCCAGCUUCAGAGCCAGCAAGGUAUUUGGUUGUCAGUUUUAAGCUAGAUGUCCUCUGCUACACUGUGAAGGAUCUUCCUGUAACAUAUGCAAUUUCAAAGCUGAUUGUGCCAGGAUUAAUUGAUCAAUUAACUACAAUGAAGAAGGCUCUCUUGCCCAACCUCUUAGCACAACAUCCUCAGCUACACCCAUAUCACUUCUGCCCUCCUGGAGUAGUGCAUCCGAUAACAGUUAUCUAUGAACUCAGUUAUGGCGAGACUGAGAUGAAACAAGUUGAAAUUCGGAGAUCCCUGCAUCUAAGGCUAGGGUUACCUUUGGAUCGACCUCUUCUACUAAUUGCGAAUGCCAUAAAUUUUGCUCUUAAGCAUAAAAUGGAGAGAAACUCAAUAAGAAAGGGUUCUGUUGUGCUUAAAGAUGUGCACAUUGGAAUUCCAAGCAGUGUUUCCGGGGGCCUUGUAUCUCAGGUUGAAGGGUCUUAUGAAUAUUAUCACUAUCUUCAAGAUGGCUUUGAUGACUCUGGAUGGGGAUGUGCUUAUCGCUCUCUACAGACCAUCAUUUCAUGGUUUAGACUCCAACACUACACAUCUAUUGAUGUUCCUUCACACAGGGAAAUACAACAAGCACUAGUUGAGAUCGGUGAUAAGGAGCCCUCAUUUAUUGGAUCACGUGAAUGGAUUGGUGCCAUUGAAUUAAGUUUUGUUCUGGACAAACUUCUUGGUGUAAGUUGCAAAGUCAUAAAUGUAAGAUCUGGAGCUGAACUUCCUGAAAAAUGUCGAGAACUGGCCUUGCAUUUUGAAACACAAGGAACUCCAGUCAUGAUUGGUGGUGGUGUUCUAGCCUAUACUCUCUUGGGAGUUGACUACAACGAAGCAAGUGGAGAUUGUGCCUUUCUUAUACUGGAUCCUCACUACACGGGUAAUGAUGAUCUGAAGAAGAUUGUGAAUGGUGGUUGGUGUGGGUGGAAAAAGGCGGUUGAUAGCAAGGGCCGGAAUUUCUUCUUGCAUGACAAGUUCUAUAAUCUUUUGCUUCCCCAAAGGCCAAACAUGGUUUGAAACAUGUGGAAUUGAUUAGUGACACCAAUGCCAUACAAAAGAGUAUUUAUCAUUUCUGAGCUAACUUGUGUACACUAAAUCACAUACAAAUUGAUGUACAUCAGAGCUAACUGGUGUCCUUUUCAAUCUGUAUAGGGCCUACUACAUCGAGCAGCUAAAGUGGCCUAGUGAAUCAUGAAUUCAUGAUAAUAUAAAUUUUGCAAUCUAGACAUUGGCUAUAAGAGGAAAAAGAGUAUUCUCAUGCUAUCGUA